GUGAAACAGUACUUGAAAAAAAAAAAGAAAUCACUCCGAUACGCGCAACAAGAGCAGAGGGGGAGAGGAAAGAACCGAGGAAGAGAAGGCAGAGAGGGCGAAGCUUUCCAUGAUUGACGCCCUCUCCGUCCCAACACCCACCUGAGCUUCCUCGAAUCAACCCCUUUCAUACAUCUCAUGUUUUUCUCGCUUUCUCCCUUCGGAUUUUCAUGCGACGGUUGAAUGCCCGUACUCGGGUCAAUUCCAAAUCUAGACGCAUGGAUCCGAAUCCGAUUAAGCUUCAUCUUCGCCCCAGCGCUCGCUCGGGUCUCUUUUCGCGCAAUUCUAAGAGUGUUUUCAGGUCCAACUGUUUUGUUUUCUCUUCGAUUCUGAUCGCCCUUGCUUUUUUCAUCGGUUACGCAAUCUUCUCUGGCAACAGUUCGCAUUAUUCCGUGGUAACAAAAUUUGCGAUCGUUAUUGAUGGAGGGAGCACCGGGACCAGGAUUCACGUGUUAAAGUACAGGUUGGAAGGUGGGAAUCCAGUGUUUGAUUUUGGGAAGGAUGGUUUGUCUUCGAUGAGAGUAAACCCAGGUCUUUCGUCAUUUGUGGGGGAGCCAGAUGGGGCUGGCCACUCUCUUUUGGAGCUUCUGGAUUUUGGAAAGAGUAAAAUUCCAAAGGAAUCUUGGAGGGAUACGGAAAUUCGACUGAUGGCGACGGCUGGGUUGAGGAUGCUGGAAGUAAAUGUGCAGCAGCGGAUUCUGGAAUCAUGUAGGAGAUUGCUCUGCUCAUCUGGGUUUAAAUUUAGGGACGAGUGGGCUUCUGUCAUUACAGGUUCCGAUGAAGGAGUAUAUGCUUGGGUUGUUGCAAACCAUGCACUUGGCACACUUGGAGGUGAUCCUUUGCAUACAACAGGGAUUAUUGAACUUGGUGGGGCUUCUGCUCAGGUAACAUUUGUAUCAACUGAGUCAUUUCCAUCUGGGUUCUUACGUGCUGUUAGACUUGGAAAUACCACUUACAACCUUUACAGCAACAGCUUUCUUCAUUUUGGCCUGAAUGCUGCUCAUGACUCAGUGAGGGAAGCACUUGUAUCUGGAGAGUUUGACAUGGCUACUCAAUCUCUUCAGAAGGGAUUGCUAAUUGAUCCUUGCACUCCCAAAGGCUAUUCUCACAAUGAUAAGUCAUGGGAUCGCUCUCCUGGUUCAAUGAAGGAAGAGAACCAAUAUCUUUCUACUCUUCAAAGUAGGGGAAACUUUUCAGAGUGCAGAUCUGCUGCAUUGAUGCUAUUACAGAAAGGGAAAGAAAAAUGUUCCUAUCAGCAUUGUGACAUCGGAUCAACUUUUGUACCUAGGCUUCAAGGGAAGUUUCUUGCCACAGAAAAUUUCUUCUAUACAUCCAAGUUUUUUGAAUUGGGACCAAGGGCGUUUUUGUCAGAGUUGAUGGCAGCUGGUCAAAAAUUUUGUGAAGAGGAUUGGUCAAAGCUGAAGAAAAAAUAUCAGUCCCUUCAUGAGGAAGAUUUGCUUCGGUAUUGCUUCUCUUCAGCGUACACUGUUGCUUUGCUUCAUGACAGCCUUGGAAUUGCUUUGGAUGAUGAAAGGAUUAAGGUUGCUAAUCAGGUGGGAAGUAUUCCACUUGAUUGGGCUUUGGGAGCUUUUAUCUUGCAAAGCACAGCUGAUUCAGAUGCACAGAACCAUAAUUGGAUUGCCAACGUCAGCAAUGGAUCACCGACACUCCUCUUACUUAUUGCCAUUUUUGUAAUAUUGUUUACAGCAUGGUCUAUAUCUAAGUGGAGAAAACCUCAGCUAAAGACAAUCUAUGAUCUUGAAAAGGGGCGUUAUAUAGUUACACGAGUUGGGAGAUCUUGAAUACUUCGAGGGCAGACCAGACCUUUGUUCCUGGCUUGCAUAUACGGAAGCAGUAUUGUGAUCUCAACAUAAAUAUUUAUCAUUUUCACCUGGUGCCCCUGCCAUACUCUGGAGUUCAUACCUUUGGAAAUAUUGAGAUUACACGUCAUUGGAUUUGGAAGCAGCAACAUAUAAGGCAACUCUUGGUGGGAACUAGUGUAGGGUAGCUAAUACCAUGUAGUUAGUGGAAGUGGAAUCUAGAAGGCGAAUAGUGUGCCAGUUGCUGCAUCCAUUAUACAAACGUAGUCUAAAAAGUGGCGCAGACAAGCCUUUGAGAAUUGUUUAGGAGAGAUUAAAUGCUGAAUUCUUCAAUUCAGAAACACCUUAUGUUUUUUUUUUUUUUGUGUGUAUCGUGUCUGUAUACCAAUACCUAACAUGACAUAAAAUUAUUGAAUUCAUUGUGCUUUCCGAUUGCCACACACUCAAACGGAAAGCAUUCUGUUACCUGA